AUGCCAGACCUUACCUCAGCUUCUCAACCCAAUCUGGUCGCGUCGGACGCUCCAUCUAGGAUGAUUGGAUGUGUAUGUGAACCCGAAGCAGAUGCAAUCAAUUGGAUGGAGCUGAAGAAGGGCGAUCCGGUACAGUGCUACUGUGGUCACUGGUUUCAACUAGUCACCUAUGAGGAGUAUUUUGAACGUAAAGGGUUUUAA